AUGGCCCACCUGCUCCGAGGCAAGCAGGCAGGCAUUCAAAACGACCUCAGCGCUGGCUUGAACACGGAACUGUUCAAGAUUGACGAUAUUGCUCGAUUCGGUGUGAACUCGCAGAUAUCAUGCCUGGCCUACGAUCCGGUGCAAUCACUGCUGGCGGUCGGCACCAAAAGUUCCCAGUUCGGACCGGGUCAGAUCUACCUCUUUGGCAAGGGACGCAUACAGGCUGUGCUGCCAACACCGGCGCGAGGCGCGAGCAUUAAGACGAUUCAGUUCUGUGCCGAGAAGCUCAUUGCGUUGGACUCGAAGCAUGAUGUCUCCCUCUACUCCAUUGAGUUGAAGAGGCUUAUCACUUCUUACUCACCCCCUGGAUCUGUCACGGUAUUAUGUACGGAUCCGAUGCUUGACUAUGCGCUUCUGGGGAUGCAAACUGGAGAAGUGCUUGCCUAUGACAUGGACCGAGAAGGACCGGCGCCGUUCAGGAUACCGAACUUGUGGGCUGAAGUGAACUCUCGCGCCAGGAUACAGACUGUCGUGUCGUUACAAUUCCACCCGCGGGACAUCGGCACCUUGCUCAUCGGAUACACGGAAGGUGCAGUAAUCUAUAGCUUCAAGCUGAAUAAGCCUUUGAGAUUCUACCAAUAUGAGAUUCCUCGUGGAGCCCCUGGUGGUGACGGCGACCCAGCAUCUGCGAAUGUUGUCAGGCGGCCGAAGCUUACACACGCAGUCUGGCAUCCAACUGGUACAUUCGUAAUGACUGGUCAUGACGAUAGCUCGAUCGUGUUCUGGGACACCCUCAAAGAUGGGCGAAUGCUCAUGGCCAGAACAUUGGGCGACGCGAACAUAGCAACACCUGGGACAGUGGUUGGUAAUGCUGGACAGCGACCAGGUACACUCGCAGUCAAGGAGCCGCUCUUUCGUAUGUCGUGGUGCGUAAAUCAGCACGAUCCAGAAGAUACGAUGAUCUUGAUCGCCGGCGGCCAAUCAACACAAUCACCUACAAAGGCAUUAACGCUUUUUGAGAUGGGCAGAACUCCUGUAUACACAACAAGCUCGUGGGAAAUGCUGGUCAAGUACUUCGAGGAGCCCAAACGCCAACGAAUACUGCCUACACCUCCUGGCGCUGAAGUUGUCGAGUCUUGCCUGAUACCCCGUACGUCGCCACACUUUGAUGGCGCGCAUGAUCCUAUCGCAAUUCUCGCUCUGCUGGCUUCUGGAGAAUUGAUCACCCUUUCAUUCCCUUCAGGCAUGCCGAUAUGUCCAACCAAUCAGCUACCUGUGUCCCUCACUCUCGUACAUCCCUUCGUCAAGUCUCUCAGCACGGCUAUGGUCGAGAGGGAGAAGUGGCUUGGGUUGCAAGAACGCCGCCAGCAAGGUCCAUCGAUACUUCAAGGCGGAAGUGAUAUGCCAGGUCACUUGCGAAGAUCUGAAAGCAGAAGCAUUGCACAGGCUGUUCAUGCUGACGGCACUAUUCGUCUUUGGGAUCCUGGGUAUGGUGAUGAGAUUGAAAACGAGAAGCUUUUGCAGGUUGAUGUUGCCAGGGCGGUGGGUCACUGGCACAACAUCGAUGUCACAGAUAUCUCAUUCGCUGGCAACAGUGCAGAGUUGGCGGUUGGACUUCGAAGUGGAGAGGUUGUUAUCUUCCGGUGGAGCACUAACAGGAACGCUGGAAGAGAACCACCGCCAUCAAAGCCCAAUCAACCUGGCGCAUUGACGAGUAUCACUGAUCGUGUCGAGCCAUCAUUGAGCGAAGGUCUAUGCCCCUUCACUCUUCUCGAUCAAAAGGAUGGACCCGUCACAGCAGUGUGCAUGAGCGAAGUUGGAUUCGCAGCCGCUGGUUUUGAAGGAGGAAGCAUCGUCGUGGUUGACUUGCGUGGGCCAGCCAUCAUCCUGAAUACUUCAGUACAGGAAUUCUCCAAGAGUCAUCACAAGGGUAGCAUCCGUCGGCGAGCCAGUAGCGCCAGCAGCAAGCCUGAGUGGGCUACAUAUUUGCAGUUCAGCAUUUUGAUGGCCGACGGCGACGACUACAGCUCGAUUCUGCUCCAUGUUGGCACCAACCAAGGCAACUUGGGCACAUUCAAGGUUCUGCCGGAUCCCAGUGGCCGAUAUACUGUACAAUACGCUGGCAAGGUGGCACUGGACAGCAGCAAGAUCAUGUACAUCGCACCGAUCAAUGCAGAGAACGGCAAGCCUGCCAUCGCCUCGCAAUACGCCAUGGGUGGACUUCGCAAUGGUCUGAGAGUGAAUGGCGCUCUAUUAGCCGUCACACCCACUGGCAUCCACAUUUUCCGCCCAGCAACCUCCAAAGGAGCACACAAGAGCUUCGACAGCUUCUUCUGCGACAGAGCGAGCGUCGUCCGCUACCAAGACCAAGGCUAUGCGCUUCUAGGUCUUUUCGGCGACGGCAAGGCGCGAGCAUACUCCAUCCCUUCGUUACGCGAAAUUGCAGCAAUCGACCUCACCAACAUCAACAACCAAGGCUUCGGCCUCGACCCCCGGCAAUUCUACAAAGCGACCAUCAGCCAGACAGGCACGAUCCUCGGCUUCACAGGCCCCAGCGAACUCGCACUCCUCAACCUCUGGGGCACCGGCGAACCCCUAACACGCAGACAAGACCGCCUCUUCGACCCGGAACGCCUCAUCCCACCCCGCCCAACCAUCUCCACCGUCCAAUGGGUCACGGGCACGCAAUACAUCACGCCUGCCGACAUGGACAUUCUCAUCGGUGGGCCCGACCGACCGCCCUCCAAACGCAUGAUCGCGCAAGUCAAAGCGGAAGAAGAACAGCGUCGCCGCUCCGGCCGCACGAGCACGCACGCGUCGGCCUCGGACGAGACGUACUGGGCGUAUAUGCAGCGGCAGAUCCAGGAACGCACGGAGAAGUUGGGCCUCGUCGGGGAUAGUAUGGAUGCGUUGGAGCAGAACAGUGCGAAUUGGUUGGAUGAUGUGAAUAAAUUUGUGGGAAGGCAGAAGAGGAAUGCGGCGGGUGGGAUUAUCAAGGCGAGAUUCGGUUUCUAA